AUGCGGUUCGGUUCCAGUGUCAACCUCGACUGCCGACUAUCGAUAGGCUGCGCUGGCGCAGUUAUCAGUGACAUUCUGCGUCGGGGAGGAGAUAGUGGGAGAGACGAUACUCCUACUGCGCUACCCAUUCACUCGAUGCAGAUGUUCUCGCUUUCACACUAUCUACGGGUGAGCGGAUAUGCGUUGAAGUCAUUGCAGAUCAUUCGAUCUGAACUCCACCCUAACCGUCAUGCCGGUGGUUCUCGAGGAUCCAGUACUUGCCAGAGAGAGAGCCUGUGCGUUCUCGGUCUAUUUCGUACACUUGCCGGGACACCACAGGGAAGAGUCAAGCUACGCCAGAUUUUUCUCAGGCCAGUCACGGACCUCGGUAUCAUAAGAGAGAGACACCGGACCAUUGCAACCAUUUUGCGACCCGAGAACUCGGAGACGCUCCGGCAUAUCUCUCAGAGCCUGCGGAACAUACCUGAUAUUAGGAAGAGUUUGUCACGGUUGCGAAAGGGAAUCGAUUCCAGCACUGGACAGGCUGCCGUCACUGGGGGCACCUGGUGGAACUUGGCCCGAUUCACCUUGCAUUGUUCACAGCUCCGGGAUUUGCUGUUACAGCUAGAUCCACGAUGCGAAUGCAGCUCCAGAAAUGUCGUCCAUGGCGACAUGACUAUGCAAGUGGCUGACUAUAAUCAGACAGUGGGGUCAAUAAAUGUAUCGACUAUGCGAACAGUAGGUGCUCUCAUUCACUCGACUGUCGAUUUCGAAGAAGCAAGCGCAGAUGUCCGUGUGACGGUGAAACCGGGAUUUGAUAAUCAGCUGGACAGGCUGAGGCGAGAUUAUCAAGGAAUUGAAGGUCUUCUAGUGCAAGCCAACUCUAAACUGACACGAGAGCUUCCGGAAUGGGCGCGCAAGUACAUCACUGGCUGCGUCUUUUGGCCUCAGCUUGGGUUCCUCACCAUGGUCCUACUGGAUAAUGCUACUCAUGUACCCCUGUAUGAAGGACAAGGUCUAGAUGGUGACCGGUGGGAGUUGUUCUUCUCCGCCGACCAGAAGGCCUAUUAUAAAAAUCGUCGUAUGCGAGAGCUCGAUGCCCACUUGGGCGACUUCCACACUAAGAUCCUGGACUUGGAAGUCAGCAUAAUCCACAGCCUCGCCGUCGAGAUCUUGAAGCAUGAAUCUGCACUCGCGCUUGCCUCGGAUGUAUGUGGUGAGAUAGACUCCCUAGUGGCGCUUGCUGUUGGGGCCCGGAAAUAUCAGUGGACUUCCCCUGUCAUGACGGCUGCGAACGUCGUCCGCAUACAGGGAGGUCGCCAUCCGCUGCAGGAGCUGGUUGUGCCCACAUAUGUCCCGAACGACUGCGACAUUACUGGCGGAAUGGAAGACCCAAUCGACAGUGCCAGCAUAGGAUCGAGAGAGAGCGGACGGAACAGCUGCGCGGCGGCCCGGGAGAACCGACAGAACGGCAAUGUGGUCGUUUUAACCGGCCCGAACCAUUCGGGGAAAAGUGUACUCGUCAAGCAGGUCGCCCUGAUAGUCUAUCUUGCCCAUAUAGGCAGCUACGUUCCCGCAAACAAAGCCAUCAUUGGCCUAACCGACCAGAUCCUGACGCGCAUCUCACGUGGGGACGUGGUUUCGCAGGAUGAGAGCGCGUUUGGCUCUGAUCUUCAGCAAGUGGCCUUCUGCCUCAAGUCAGCAACACGGCAGAGCCUCGUGCUUAUCGAUGAAUUCGGAAAGGGUACGAGAGCUGACGACGGAGCGGGACUAAUGACGGCGCUCCUGACCCACUUGCUAUCACUUGGCCAUGAGUGCCCUCGUGUCCUCGUCACGACACAUUACCACGAGAUAUUUGAAGGGCAUUAUAUUGGCAAUAGGACUGCGUUGUCGUUUGCCCACAUGGAUGUACGCCUAGACCUUGCGGCAGCCCCACGCAACGACAUGCUUACAUACCUCUACAAAUUGGUGCCAGGAAGAAGCAACUCGAGCUUCGGUGGCCUCUGUGCCGCACUCAAUGGUGUCGACCAAGCAGUCGUAGAUCGAGCAGAUGCCAUCUCCAUGCUGCUGGCGCGAAAUGAGAAUCUUGUGGCAGCCUGCGCCAGGCUGGAUACAGAAGAUGAAGGUCGUCUAGAAGAAGCUGAAUCCGUGGCCCGUAGAUUCCUACUCCUUGAGGUGAAGGAACUCCUACAGCUGAAUGAGGACACGGAGAAGAUUACGAGUGUGGUGCUUCGUGUGCUAGGAGUACAAAGCAAAUAA